AUGGGAAUUAUCUCCACUUCGGUCACAAACGGCUCGAUCAUUAGACCAGCGGGAUUCUACGUUAUAGGAUUUAGGGAUUUAAAGUUUGCUGAUUUAUAUGUAAUUUUCCUCGGCUUCAUUUAUAUUGCAACGGUUUUGUGCAAUUCUUUCAUCAUUUCCAUAAUAUGCAUGGAUCAUCGCCUACACACUCCAAAGUACAUUGCUGUGGCAAAUUUAGGCGUUGUUGACUUGAUGUGCAGUACAUCCUUUAUUCCUAGUACGAUCAAGACUGUUCUCACGAGAGAUACCUUCAUGUCCUACAAUGCAUGUUUGACACAGAUGUUUUUUUAUUAUAGUUCUGUAGCACUAGAGUCCUUUUCCCUCAGUGUACUUGCCUAUGACAGAUUAAUUGCGAUAUGUUUUCCACUGAGGCAUAAUUCUAUCAACACUCCCACAAACAUGAUCAGUAUUUUAGCGAUUGUUUGGUUAUUUUGUGGAAGCAGUCUUUUAUUCUUGGUCUUGAUCGUGACAAAACUGUCUUUUUGUGAUUCACUCACUGUGCACCAGUUUAACUGUGAGUAUGCAGGCGUGUACAAUCUAGCGUGCAAUGAUAAUACACUGCAGUGGAUCGCUGCUGGUGCUGUGAGCACAUUUCUUUUGUUCACGCCCCUUAUUUUAAUCAUCAUAUCAUACGCCAGUAUUUUGAGAGCUGUGUUUCGAAUGAAAAGUGUGGACAGCAGAUACAAAGCACUAGCAACGUGCACAGAACAUCUCGUUCUCGUGGCGAUUUUCUAUGUGCCGACCUUAACAGUGUACAUCAUUGAACUUUUCGUAUUCCACGUCGAUCCAAUCGUCAAAAUGCUGAACUUGUCAUUAGCUUCCUCCAUUCCUUCCUGUCUGAACCCCAUUGUGUAUUCCCUGGCAACCAAAGAAAUCAGGAACAGAAUACGGGCUAUGCUCCAGAAAGUCAAAGGAGCAGUGUGGACAGGGCAGGUGUAG